UGUGUUUCAAGCGCUCAAUUGACAAUGAAACAUCUCUCAUCACUAAGGACUCCGCGGCUAGCUGAGCUUAUACUGCCAGUUUCCAAGCACGAGGAACGAGGACAUGCUGACUCGAAAAUAUCUGAAGAUACGGAAUUGUCAUCAGUACGUUAACAAAUGCUUAAAUUGGAAACAAUUCGUGUGGUGCGUUCUCUUUAGCAUUUAAUGCGCGGUAUCGGCUGGCCCCAGCCAUCAUCGUGCGCCUCCGCCGCUGACACUUAUAUUGGAAGCAACAGGCUGAGCUCAUCGCGCUGGUGAGAAAGUCGCCUUUCAUCGGAGAAAUUCACUUCCUUUGUGUUUAUGCAAAACCCUACGAGCCGGGUCGUGCUGACUACAACUCCCCUUUAAACUACCUGGGAUAGUGGUGACAAUUUGUUGAAACUGGACCUCAAGACGCGCCCACUGAAGAAUUGCGGGUUAGUGCAUUUCGUUUACACGCAGGCGACACACAGCUGUGGAAAACCCGACACUGCAUGUGGAGUGCUGAUUGUUGACAGGGCGAAAGAGGGCGGUCAAAACACAGACGGGUUAAACAGCGUGCCUUGCCUAUGGUUUCAUAUCUAACUCCAAGGAGCUGGAAUACUUCAUUUGCUGUUCAUUCAGAGAGCUCCACAUCUACAUAUCCAAGACAGCCACGCAUGCCCCAGAGGACCUUUGCACAUCAGCACUUCAUGCCCGCACUGGUGAUGCCAUGCCCCGCAACCACAGCGGAGAUGAAGGCGGCACGGGGCUCUGGAUGAAAACUUCUCCGGGCCACCGCGCCGAGGGCUAUGACUUGAAGGAUGUGGAGUCCGGCCGAAGGAUGAUGAACAACGCCAGUGCCGGGGACGGUUUGCUUUCGGCCUCCAGUGCUACAGGUGCCGGGGGUUCGGAAAGCCUGAGAGGAAACAAGGGAGCCCGGCUCAGCCUGCUGGGAAAGCCGCUCAUAUACAGCGCUCAGAGCGGCCGGAGAAACGUCCGUUACCGAAGGCUGCAAAAUUUACUGUACAACGUGCUGGAGAGACCACGAGCCUGGGCGUUCAUCUACCAUGCGUUUGUGUUCGUCCUGGUCUUUGGUUGCUUGGUCCUGUCUGUGUUCUCCACCAUUCCGGCUCACCAGGACUUCUCUUCCGACUGUCUGCUCAUCCUGGAGUUUGUGAUGAUCGUGGUGUUUGGGCUGGAGUACAUCAUCAGGAUCUGGUCGGCCGGCUGCUGCUGUCGCUACAGAGGAUGGCAGGGUCGCCUCCGUUUCGCCCGGAAGCCUUUCUGUGUUAUAGAUAUCAUCGUACUGAUAGCCUCCGUAGCAGUGGUGUCGGCGGGAAGCCAGGGUAACAUCUUCGCCACUUCCGCCCUGCGUAGCCUCCGCUUCCUGCAGAUCCUCCGUAUGGUGCGCAUGGACCGGCGCGGCGGCACCUGGAAACUGCUGGGAUCAGUUGUGUACGCACACAGCAAGGAGCUGGUGACGGCCUGGUACAUUGGCUUCCUGGUUCUCAUCUUCUCCUCCUUUCUGGUCUACCUUGUGGAGAACAAGUUCAACAGCGAGUUUGCCACCUAUGCUGAUGCCUUAUGGUGGGGAACAAUCACCUUGACAACCAUUGGUUACGGGGACAAGACCCCGAAGACAUGGACUGGCCGUAUGCUCUCAGCUGGGUUUGCGCUACUGGGCAUCUCUUUCUUUGCCCUGCCAGCGGGUAUACUGGGCUCAGGCUUUGCCCUGAAGGUCCAGGAGCAGCACAGACAGAAGCACUUUGAGAAGAGGAGGAACCCAGCCGCUUGUCUCAUCCAGUGUGUUUGGCGUAGUUAUGCGGCUGAUGAGAACUCGGUUUCCAUUGCUACCUGGAAGCCUCAUUUGAAGGCGUUGCAUACCUGCAGCCCUACAAAGAAGGACCAGGGUGAAUCGUCCACAAGUAAGGUUCUCAGUAGUAAGCAGACGUUACUGAGGAGGUGUACCCUACGGAAACAUACUAGUCAGAAGCUGAGUUUCAAAGACCGUGUCCGGAUGGCGAGCCCCAGGGGGCAGAGUAUUAAGAGCCGGCAGACGUCGGUGAGCGACCGGCGGUCCCCGGGGACUGAGGCUGGGGGUACGGAGGGCACCAGCCCUGCCAAGGUCCAGAAGAGCUGGAGCUUCAACGACCGCACCCGCUUCAGACCCUCCCUCCGCCUCAAGAUCCAAUCACGCUCCACUGCCGAUGCUGACUCUAACAUGACCACUGAGGAUGGGUUCGGUGAUGACAAGGGGUGUCACUGUGAGAUCUCUGUGGAGGACCUGCUGCCUUCCGUCAAGUCUGUCAUCCGAGCCGUCAGGAUAAUGAAGUUCCACGUGGCAAAGAAGAAGUUUAAGGAGACGUUGCGUCCGUAUGAUGUGAAGGACGUCAUAGAGCAGUACUCCGCCGGACACCUGGACAUGCUGUGUCGCAUCAAGAGUCUGCAGACACGGCUGGACAUGAUAGUGGGGCCCCAGCCCCUGAGCAGCCGAGCCAAGACCUUUUCCUCUCCCUCCCUGCCCAUGUAUUACAGCCAGGGCAGAAAGAACUCCACGCAGGGAGUGGACCAGAUCCUGGGUAAAGGCCAGGUUCCUCUGGAUAAGAAGAUCCGGGACAAGCUGCUGUCUGAUGGAGACCUGCUGGAGGACAUGAGUAUGCUGGGUCGUGUCUGCAAAGUGGAACGGCAGGUCCAGUCUAUUGAGUCGAAGCUAGACUCCCUGUUGGACAUCUACCGGCAUGUGUUACGUAAAGGCUCCUCUUCUGCCCUCACCCUCUCCUCCUUGCCCCUGUUCGAGCUGGAGCAGACCUCAGACUACCAGAGCUCUAUCCUCUUCAAGGACCACUCCACCUGCUCUACCCAGGUCAGCAGCACCGGAGGUGGGCCAGGGAUAGAGGGCCAAGGGGGGCGCGUGACCCGCUCCUCCACCAACACCUCAAACCUGUCCCGGGGACUUCACCUUAUCCUGGCGCCGCCCACCGAGCUCAGCCUCAACCUCAACACUGGCACCACCUCGCCUUCUACCGGUGGGCCCCCGCCCUCCUCGUUCAGUCCGUCGCCCCUUCGUCAACACCUCCACCAUCAUCACCAUCAUACCCUGCCGGAACGUGGGGAACCAGUCCAUAGGGGAAGUUCUUCUCACUCACCUCCUAUUCUAACUCCUAAUUGUGUAUCUGGAAGUGGGGGGUUUCCUACUCUGGCCAGGCCCCCACCGCCUCCUCCCCAGCCCAGCCGGACGGUGGGUCACUCCAGGACGGAGAGGGAGAGGGAGGUGGAGGUGGGCGACUUCUGUGGAAGCCCGGAGGAGAGGGAGGAUGGUGAUGUGUUAGGCCCAGAACAAGGCCUCAGAAUCGGGAGGCUGGGGCAGUCAAGAGGGGGGUCCAAUGGGAACAGCAAUGGCCGGCCCUGCAAUGCCAAAGCAGAGGGCUCCUGGACAAGACACACAAGCCUGGAGAUGGAGCCCCUGGUACCCCUCUCUUCUGCUCUGGGAGGAGGAGGCCGCUGCUCCUCCGGCUCCAACCCCAGCCAGGUGGACCGAAGCCUGGGCAAGUCCAUGUCUGUCCAAGACCUGGGGCAGGGUGGGACCACCUCCAUGGCCCUGGAUAGCCACCACCAUCCUAGCCUCAGCCUCUCGUCCCCCAGCCCCUGCAGCAGCGACUCCCCCACAGGCUCCCACAGUAGUCAGGACCCUGGGGGAGGGGGCGGCGGGGAUGGCUGGGGGGAGGAGGACCUCUUUAUCAGCGACAGGGACGUGGAUGCCCUCCCUCUCCCUCCCGAGGCUCAAGGUGGAGCCUUUGGCUUUGACUUCUUGUCCCAGGGUACAGCCGACGCAACCUCUUACUCUUCAGAGCUACUGAGGACAGACCCUGGGCUUGGGGCGGGGUUAAGUGCUCUGGCGGGGUUCAAUAGGAGCCUGCCGAGCGGGAACACGUCAUCGCCCGCCUCAGUUGGGAGCGCUGAGUCCCUGAGCAUGCCGCACGUACGGCUAAAAUAAGACACACCCCCGUGUCGUAUGGACCAAUCAAAAAACCUCACCUUAUAGAGCUCUUUAUUCUAUUUUUGGAGGGGUGAGGGGGAACAGGGAGGGACUAUAAUGGUUAUUUCUGUUUAUAUUUAUGUUGAUUCAUUUGAUAAAAAGCAAAGUAUUUUUCAUCCAAGUCGACGAUACAUGAACAUAUCAUUGCAUGAAUUAUUAUUGAAGAAAUCGAAACAAAGAAGGUAAAAUAAGGAGAGAGAGGUAUAUAAAAAGAGACUUUGAUAUAUAUAUUAUAUAUAUAUCUAAGAAACAAGCUCAACUUGAUCCUGAAAGACAGUGGGUUGAUCUGUGAUCUCGACACUGCAUGAGCACUGCAUGUUUUCAACUGACCCAUGUUACAACUUACCCAUAAGUCUUCAUUCAUUAACACUGGAAGUUGUUGAUGCCUAUAGGCCUCAUGGCAAAACCCUUCUAGAAAACGUUUCCUUCAUUUUAAUACACAUAAUCAUGUACAGUAAAAGUUCAAGUGUGGGGCCUCCUAUAAGACUAGAGCGUAUGGGGCAAGUUAAAUGCUUACAUGAACCCAAUAUCAUACUGUUAUCCAAAGCUUCUGUGGCAGCCAUCUUGAAAUGAAUGUUGCCUCAAUACGACCAAGUUUUUCACCCACAUCAGUUCCCUAUAAUAGUUUCUCAUUUGAGUGACUUUUGUGGACAUACAAUGGUACAAAACACCCCUCAUUGUAAUGAUAGACUUGCCAAGUCCAGGUCAAUACUAGUUUGAGGUAAAUUGAAUUCUGCCAACAGGUCACACACACACCAAUACAAACACACACCCACACACUCCGGUAGUUUACAUACUGUAUAACCAACCGUUGUACACAAGCUGCUACACAUAGUCCCGGGAAAGGAAUAACUUCUGAAACAGGAGACGAAUAGCUGCUAAAACCAUAGAAAUAGAAUUACUAGAAUACGGUCCCCCCAUCAUGACACCUUUGAAUGGGGAUGCCCGUUCUAGUACUUCUAUUUCUAUGCCGAAAACACAGUUCCAUUGUGCACCCCGAGGUGUUAUCUACCCGACGACCAAGGCAUCCACAUUAUGUGAUUUCUUGAGAUGCCUGUGUAUCUUCUCAUUUAAUAUUUUUUUUGUUACUUAUAAACACAAGAGAGCAAAACACGAAGGGAAAAAAUAUAUUUGUUAUCCGAUUAUGUGACCCUCUUUUAAUUAAAUGAAGAUACUUGCAGUCUUACAUGGUUUCAGUCCCAAUCACACUCCCGGCUUUAGUUCUUUUAAUACGUUAUAGUUUUGAAUGCUUAUUAAACUGCUUAAACGGAAGUUGACAUGCUGUAGAAUGUAUAUAAUGUUAUGUUAAUAAUCUGUAAGUGAUAUUUCGCACACCCUGGCAAGCAGUGUGAGUGACAUCAUGGCUAAUGCUAACAACAAUUAUUCCUUUUGACUUAAAGGGAUAUGUCACUCAAAUCACAAAAUUACAUUGUUCUUCUUACCUUUCAAACAGUCUUUACAGGGUACCAAAAUAAAACAUGUAUUUUGUCAUUUGAGUGGACUAACCUUUUAAGUGUUACAGAUUCAGGUACAACAGGGUCAUGUUCAAUAGGGCACAAUGUAGCAAAACAUUUCGAAUUGGAAUGCAAAGAUGACUCAUUGGACACGCUCAACCUCAGGUAGUAGGCUACCUCAUCGGUUUCAAAACGUUUUGUAACAUUUUGUGCCAACUGAACAGGAUCCUGUAGGGAUUAUUGGAUGUUUCACCAAGGGGGUUGUUUCAAAGGAGAGAAACCCAUUCAAAAACAACAUGAAAUACAGUAUGAAAUUGUACGCUAAAUCCAAAGCUCCAGUACACAUACCAUUGGAAACAGAAACCUUAGCAGAAACAUUUAUGGUCGAUUAAAUCCUUAUUGAAGGCUUUACCAGAAUAUGUGAAGUAUACAAAACAUGCAGUACAUAACAUGGUGCCUUUUUUGGCGAUAUACUGUCCAUUUCAACAUGUUUAUUUGCACCCAACGUGUGGGUUGUUGGCCUUUUGUGCUGAAAUGGUCUCACAUACUUGAUUUUUUGUUUCGUCCCUUGUAUAUAUAUAAAAAAAAAAAAAUGACUAUCUGAUUUGGGCAUUAUUUAUCCACAGACCAUGUAUUACCAAAGGAAAACUGGCCUUUAGAAAUGUCAUCAUUGUGUCUCAUACGAUCAUUAUCCUAAUUUAUUUAAAUGACGUGCACAUACCUAUACGGUAGUAAUAAUGUCCGUUAGCUCCGAUCAAGCCUGUGAUGUCAUGAAAAAUGCUAAAGAAACUUUUAUUCUCCUACAUCAAUAAAUU